AUGACAUCCACUACUAUGAAACAAUGGAAAUUGACUGGCAGAGGCAGUUAUGACAAGUUGGUGAUUGAGAAGGACCAACCGGUUCCUCAAGUAGGAGAGAAUGAUAUUUUGGUCCGAGUCAAAGCUGUUUCUCUGAACUAUCGAGAUAUCUCCAUCGUACAGGGCUCAUACCCCUUCCCUUUGAAAGACGUUGUCGUCCCCAUCUCAGAUGCCGCAGGCGUAGUCGAACAGGUUGGAUCUAGAGUAACGAGAUUCCAGAAAGGUGAUAAGGUUUUACCUACUUUCCAUCAGGCUCACCUACCUGGGAAACCAUCUCUCGGAGGACCCACCGAUGGAGUGGCAAGGGAAUAUCUGGUAGUGAGCGAAUUGGAUGCUGCUCCCAUGCCCAAGAGCUAUAAUUUCGUACAAGGCUCCACACUCCCCUGUGCUGCUCUAACAGCUUGGGAUUCGCUUUUCGGUUUAGAAGGAAGAGUAUUGAAACCUGGUGAUUGGGUCUUGACUCAGGGUACAGGUGGUGUAUCUCUUUUCGCUUUGCAGUUUGCCAAAGCUGCGGGAGCCACUGUUGUUUCCACUACCUCUUCAUCCGCCAAAGCCGAAAAGCUCAAAGCUCUCGGUGCAGACCACGUCAUCAACUACAGAGAAGACAAAGAGUGGGGUAAGACCGCCAAGAGUCUGACACCCGACGGAGCAGGGUUCCAACAUGUUAUCGAAAUUGGCGGACCGGGUACACUCCAACACUCCCUCGAGGCGAUAGGUUUCCAAGGUGUCAUUUCGGUGAUUGGCUUCGUAGCUGGAGGAGGCGACAAGAUGCCAUCCAUACUCGACUGUCUCUCAUAUCAAUGUAUCGCUCGAGGAAUCUUUGUAGGAAGUAGAGAACAAUGUGAAGAUAUGGUCAAGGCUAUUGAUAGUAAUGGAAUAGAACCUGUUGUGGACGAUGAGGUAUUUGGAUUUGAGGAUCUACCUAAAGCCUAUGAGUACAUGGAAGCUCAAAAACAUGUAGGUAAAGUCGUCGUCGAUUUUGAACAAUAG